CUCAACCCCCAAUCCCCCCCCCUCUCUCUCUACCCCCAAUCUCUCACGUCGCUCCUCGCUUUCUCUCGCGGCUAGGGUUUCGUAAGCUCUAUUCGCUUCUAUUCUCUUGCUGCUUAUUUUUCUCUUUUCAUUUUCCUUCGCUCUAUUCUCUCGCGGCUAGGGUUUCGUAAGCUCUCUCUUUGCAGAUAAAUACACAAACUUGAGGCGGCUUGGCUGACGAUCGAGAUGGCAACAGCGACCCAAAUCCAUCUUUUGUUGGUGAAUCGAUGAUGUUCCCUCUGGUUCAUGAAUCGAUGACGGUCCGAGACCCAAAUCAAUUACGAAAUCCAAAUCCAUCUAUGGUUCCUGAAUGGAUGACGUUUGAAGACUCAAAUCCAUCUCCGUUGGCGUCGGUGGUUGAGAAAACUGUCUAUAUUCGUGCGUGUAAACACGACUUGUAUGGAGGAAAGAUGGACUGGUACGAAAUUAAAUUAAAUGAGACCAGGGAAAGGAAAAGGAAAAGGAAAAGGAAGAGGAAGAGAUCUGGAGGAGAAGGUUAUCCUCCUCCGUUUACGGCGGUAAUCAAACCGAUCUGGGAGAAGGUGGAGACUCCAAUGUGGAGCUGCUGUGUCGCUCUUGGCUCAACCAUUUACAGUAUUGGAGGUUGUAAUAACAUCUAUGGCUAUUACUCUGAAGAAGUCCGUGCUGCCGAUAUGUCAUCGAGGCAGAUUAGGUAUGUUGCUCCGAUGAACGCUGCGAGGUGGUACCCUCAUGCAGUCACCGCUGAUGACAAGAUCUAUGUCUUUGGCGGUCUCAACGGUAAAGGUCCAGAGAUAGAGGUUUUCGACCCAAUCAACAAUAUGUGGGAAAUUAUCACUCCACCUCCACAUCCAAUUCCGUCUCUUUAUUACUGUGGUGGAUUCUUUGUAACUUAUGAUGAAGCAUCAAAAAGGAUUAUCUGUGCUUCGAUCCGCACCAAAUGCCUCCUUGCCUAUGAUACAAAAGGUGGUUCUUGGCAGUCACUGGACUCUGCUUUUGAUGUCAAGAGGAAUGAAACUGGAGCGGCAGUUUUUGAGAAUACUCUGUACUGGAUUUGCAAAGUGAGAGAGCCCUGGGCCGAGUUAGUUGUGUAUGAUAUGGAUCUCAGAGUGUCGGCCAGCACCACUAUCGUAGGUUUAGAGUGUUUAAUACUUGACAGGACAUAUGAUAGGCCGCCUCUUGUUCAUUUCCGUGGUAAUGAGUUCUAUGUCAUUUGGCGUGAUGGAAGAUACAUUGGUGAUAGCGAUGGCGAGGGCGAGGGAGAGGGAGAGGAGCACCAAUCUCUGUUUAGUUGCACGAGAAUACUAGUUUCUAAACAAGUUGAUAGGCAGAACCGGAAAAUCCGAGUGAAAGCUCAAGUUUCUUCCACCAAAACUCAUUUACUUCCUAGACUAUAUGGUAUCAUGAAUGCAGUGGUGCGGAGUCGGCAACACACAUCCUUCUCCACACAGCAGCAUCAGGAGCAACUCAUCACUUCUCAGUUUCAGCCGGGCUCAUCUUCACAUCCUCCUCAGGAUCCACUGUCUCAGUCAGACUCGCUCUCCCAGUACGCCAGUUCUGACUCCAGCUUUAUGAGCGAGUUGACUCAGCUCCAGUCAGACUUUACUACAUUCAGCGCUUGGAUGGGACGGAGGGCUGACGACCUAGAGAGGGGUGUGACAGAUAUAAGGAGGGACAUUACUCAGUUCCGUACGGAGAUGCAGCUUACACUGACUAGAUUUCGUGAGGAAGUUACAGAUAUGCUUCAGCAAUUUACAAAGAUGAUUCAGCCACCACCGGGCGGGACUCCAUGAUUUUGCAUUCUCUAUCUCUCUCAUUUACUCUGUUCUUAUGUGCUCCUUAGACAUUAUUUGACAUACUCUGUUAUUAUUUUGGGGAUGUACUUAUAUGAUAUUGAUUUUUGGAUAUUUAUCUGGGAUACUUUUGGUUA